CUGUUAGAAGAAGAAUGUGGCGCAGCUGCGUUUGAGGCGUUUUUCUCACACAAAACACUGGCAGAAAGAAUCUUCCGAUUUUGCAAGCUUACAAGGUGUUUAUCUUAAUUUCUCUCGAUUUUGUGUUAUUAAAAAAGAAAAAAAGAAAACCGCGACUGGGAAUCCUGUAUUUACAUUUUAAAGUCGCGUUAAAGCCUUCUUCAAAGAUGGCGGCAGCGGACGACUCGCGCUACUAUAGUGAGCAUGAUGAUCGUGUUGGUGGACCAAAGCACCGUAAUCGUAAAGGCAGAGGCCCUUUCAGAGCCCCCCUGUACAGCGAUCAGUUUUCUCGACCGAGGCAUCGAGGUGGUCGUGGUGGUGGAGGAGGAGGAGCCCCUGGUCCUUGGUCCAGACUUCAGGAUGAUGAUGGAGAUGUGACCAUGUCAGAUGGUCCUCAAGACAUGGGAUCCCAGCGCAGAUUCAAUCCAUAUGGCAGGCCACAGAAUCGCCGCGAGGAACGCAAUUGCAAAGGACGUGGCGGAGGCAAUGGCAACGGUGGUGGAAAUGAAGAUAGAGGUGGCAAUCGAUAUGGAGGCAGAAAUGGUGGAGGUGGUUCUGAUGGAAGCCGCAAGAACUGGUUUAAAAUGACUAUUCCUUUCGGGAAGAAAUAUGAAAAAGAUUGGCUUUUGUCUUCACUUCAGAGCGCCAGUUCCACAACAUUUCAUGCCGUUCAUUAUCACACUGAUGGCAAUAAGGCCCAGUUUUAUGUUGAUGACUCCACAACUGCUAAUGCUUUGUUUAAAGCGUCACGAAAAAUAACAGACAAAGAUGGAUAUAAGGUGACUGUUCUAAUGAACAGCUGCCCACCUCCUACUUUGAUCUACACUGACCUGAAGGCCGCAGAUCUGGAGCAUUUGAAGCAAUGCAUGGCCAAGCGCUUUGAUGGGUCGCAGCAGGCUCUGGAUCUGAACAACAUCAGAGUCGAUCCAGAUUUGGUUUCUCAAAAUAUUGAAGUCACUUUGAAUCGGAGGAACUCCAUGUUGGCGGUUAUCAAAAUAAUUGAGGAGAACAUUCCUGAGCUGGUUUGUCUGAACCUGAGCAACAACCGGUUGCACAGGCUCGAUGACUUGGCAGAUAUUAUCAACAAAGUCCCCAACUUGAAGAUUCUCAAUCUGUCACAUAAUGAGCUGAAGACGGAGAGAGAACUUGAUAAACUGAAGGGUCUGAAGCUGGUCGAACUCUCAUUGGAAGGAAAUCCAUUAUGUGGACACUACAAGAACCAGGCUGACUUUGUCAGUGCCAUUCGGGAACGAUUCCCCAAGCUGCUCAGACUGGAUGGACACGACCUUCCACCUCCCAUUGUUUUUGAUUUGGAAGUUGCUCCUGCGACUCUCCCCCCCUGCAAGGCCAGCUACUUCUGCUCUGAAGAAAUCAAGAACAUCAUCCUUUGCUUCCUGCAACAGUAUUACAGCAUAUAUGACUCCGGAGACAGACAGCCCCUACUGGACGCCUAUCAUGACGGGGCAGCUUUCUCCCUCAGCAUUCCCUUCACCCUUCAGAACCCUUCAAAAAGUAGUUUAGGCGAUUAUCAGAAAGACAGUCGCAAUAUCAGACGUAUGAAAGAUGACCCCACUACACGGUUUCGUCUAAUGAAACACACAAGGUUAAAUGUGGUGGCUUUCCUGAACGAACUCCCCAAAACUCAACAUGACGUCGCCUCCUUGAUCGUCGACGUCAACACCUACACAGCUACAUUGUUGGCAUUUACAGUCAGUGGAGUUUUCAAAGAGAAUGGCAAAUCCCGAGACUCGUUCAGAGCCUUCUCCCGGGUGUUCAUCGCUGUUCCUGCUGGAAAUACUGGCCUGUGCAUUGUAAAUGAUCAGCUCUUUGUUCGAAAUGCCACUACGGAGGAAAUUCGGCGUGCGUUUGUUGCUCCAGCCCCCACACCGUCCAGCAGCCCUGUGCCCACUCUGUCUGCCCCCCAACAGGAAAUGCUUGCUGCCUUCUCCCUCAAGUCUGGCAUGAACCUAGAAUGGUCUCAGAAAUGCCUACAAGACAACGAUUGGGAUUUUGAAAGGGCUGCUCAGAUCUUCACUGGCCUUAAGGCACAAGGAAAGAUCCCAGAUGUCGCAUUCGUCAAAUGAAGAGUUAUUGUUAGGGGUCUUAUGGAAACCCUAAACCACAAGGGGUCUUCCUGAUUCUUCCCAGCCAAAAUAAAUGCUAGUUAUUUUUUUCUCCGUAUUUUUGUUUUCAAAAGUUCUCAAUUUAACCUCUUUAAAAUUUUAAAUAGGAAAAAGAAAACCUCAGGAAGGCACUAAGACCAUUUACUCCCCACUAUGUGAAUUUUUUCUCCCCAAAAUUUGCAGUUUCCGUUAGUUGUACCUGUUCAAUGCUUGUUUUGUAAAAUAAAUAUUAACCAUGAUUUUUAUGUA